AUGGAUAUCGAAUCACUCAUGGAGAGGGCCAUGAACAUGGCUCAGCCGGGCCAGCAGCAGCAGCAACCAGGCAGCCAGAGCGAGGCGGAUGCGACGAAACCCUCAUUACCCCCCGGCCUGGCCGUCAACGCGGGCAAGACGGUCGACGAGGUGUGGGCGGAGCUCAACAAGUCGCCGCUGUUCAUGACGGAGCUGGAGGACAACGACGACGUGGCGGCGCUGCAGGCGCUGAGCUACGAGGGCUCGGCGCUGGACAACAGCGCCGACUUCAAGGAGCGCGGCAACGAGUGCUUCAAGGUCAGGGGCUACGUGGACGCAAAGGAGUUUUACACCAAGGGCGUGCAGAUCCUGGCGGCCGAGGAGCGCAAGCGCGCCCGGGGCGAGACGACGACGAACCCCGAGGGCGAGCCCGACUCGGCCGACGAGAUCCGCCGGCAGAGGGAGAUGCUCGAGGCGCUGUACGUGAAUCGCGCGGCGUGCCACCUCGGGCUGGAGAAUUACCGCAGCUGCUGGCUCGACUGCGCGGCCGCGCUGCGGCUCAACCCGCGGAACCUCAAGGCGUGCUACCGUAGCGCCAAGGCCCUCCUGGCGGUGGACCGCAUCGCCGAGGCCGACGACGUGUGCGCCAUGGGGCUGGCCGUCGACGCGGACAACGCGGGGCUGCGCGCCGUGGCAGCCGACAUCAUCAAGCGCGCGACAGAGCUGGACACCCGGCGCAAAAAGGAAGAGGAGCGCGCCGCCACGAAGCGCCGCCGCGAGCAGCUCCUCCACGCGGCCCUCGCGGCGCGCAACAUCCCCACGCGCACCACCGACAAGCCCCCCGAGAUGGGCGACACGCGACUAGAGCUCGUCCCGGACCCGGACGACCCGCGCAGCACGCUGUCGUUCCCCACGGUUCUGCUGUACCCGCUGCACCUGGAGAGCGACUUCAUCAAGGCCUUCAACGAGACGCAGACCCUCGACGACCACCUGGCGUACGUGUUCCCCCUGCCGUGGGACGAGGGCCGCGGCGCGUACACGCCCGCGGGGGUGACGUGCUACGUCGAGACGCGCGACGGCGGGCUGCUCAAGAUGGGCAAGCGCGUGCCGCUGCUCAAGGUGCUGGGCACGGGCAAGGUCGAGGUCGUGGACGAGGUGGUGCGCAUCUUUGUCGUGCCGUCGCCGGAGGCCGAGGCGUGGGCCAAGGAGUUUAAGGAGAAGAGGGCGGCGGAGAGGGGUGGCAACGCCGGGCGGUGA